AAUCAACAAAAUGUGACGCGACUUAACAGAAUGAAUACACUUAAAGCCUUUAUGAUACAAGAAAAAUUGAAGGUCAAAGACUUUGGGGUGAGUGGAUUUCAAUUUACAUAGAAGUUUAUUCAGUUUGUUGGAAACAUAAAGCACGGCACGCGCCUCACUGCAGGAGCGCGGGUGCGGCCAGCCCAGCGCGCGCACACUGCUUUAUCUGACUGGAAUGGCGAAAACUUCUGAGUAAAGGGAAACCUCACCUAUAAAAGCUCCUCCUGGACGAUAAGUCGAUGACAAACAGAAACUGAAGACAGAACUUCUGACAGCUGCCAUGAAUCUACACCUCCUCUCAUCUCUGCUGCUCUGUGCCGUUUGCAGUGGAGUAUUUUUCAUAAAUCCGACCGCCGUUCAGGCGUCUGCGCUGGAUCAUGUGACUGUGAUGUCAGCAUCAGGGGAGGGGCUUCAGAGUGCUGUGGGUGAAGAUUUAGAACCUGAGGAUGAUCAGGAUCCAUCAGGAAUGUUCAAUGACCCAAACUUGCUUAGAGUACAUCAGGUCAAUAAAGAAGAGGAGACGACUCAGAAACGCUCCGGACGCAGAAAGAACAAAGGAAGAAGAAAGAAUAAAAACAGCACUCCUUUUCAACCCAAUCACACAUCCACACAUAAGAUCCACAGCACCACAGCUGAUCCCUGUCUGACAUCACAUCUGGAUUACUGUAUUCACGGACACUGCACGUAUCUGCACGACCUGAGAGAACCUGUCUGCAUAUGUAAGCGAGGUUAUGACGGUGAACGUUGUGGUAUUCAGCUCCUUCAUACAUCAAGCGUGCCAGACGACAGCGCUUCAGAGACGACCCACACUGCCCUUAUCAUCAUGGCUGUCGUCCUGUCAAUCAUCAGCUGUCUGGCCAUCUUACUCAUCAUCUGUGUGCAUUAUCGAACACACCAUCGCUUUCAGGCAGCUUUCCUGAGUUCUGCUGAUGAGAGACAGAAUCUAGAGAAAAAGAACAUGAUAUUAUAAAAGAGGAAGAGGUGUUACAGCAUUAGAUAUCACAAGAUCUCACUGGCACUACAGAUUUAUUGCACAUAGAACAUUGUAAUGUAUAUUUAUUGUUUGUACCUAUUUAUUAAGAAAGCAUUUUAUUUCCUACACUUUAGUGUAUGUGUCUAUUUUGAUAAUAAAAAGCAGUUAUUUGAUAUGUGUGAUAUUUAUUGACCUAAACGGAAUAAAGAAUAAAUUAUUUUA